AUGGCACCCAUCCCACGCCACCCGAACACAGUCAACCAGGGCACACAUGUGAUCCACUUUGGUGGCCAAUAUGAUAGCCACCUCCUCUUACCAGUGAUCCCUCCCGUCCCGAACUCAUAUCUGGAGCACAGGAAGCCAAUCAAGAUGUCGAUGUUGGCCAGGAGGGUGAAGGGCUGGUCGGACGAGAAGUUCAUCCAGGAGUACACGGGCGUGCAUGCCGGGAUGGCAAAAGGGGUCGCGGCGGCGGUUCCGACUCUGCGCAACUAUACCCAGCUAGUGGCAUGUCCCCGUUCGGAGACGGAAGCGGCCCAAGUGGAGGCGGGUUCAAGCUGGGACUGCUGCACGAUGCUCGGCUGGACUUCCCUGGAAGCGCUCUGGGGCUCGUUCCAACAUCCACAGUACAAGGCUACCGCACGGUCGCAUGUCUGUGUCGACGAAGAAGACACCAUUGGCAUUCUAAGCCAACCAUUCUCCAACAUCUUAUUCGAUCCGGUUUCGUUCGAGAAACGCGAAAAUGGAGCUCUUCCGGUGGUGUUUCCAGCGAAGUCUUCCUCGUACGCUGGAGGGGAUAGUUAUGUCAGCGAUCUGCAGGCAAGGACUGCUGCGAUUGAGAAGAUGGGCGCGGGCACAAGCCUCCUGCGGUAUGUGCUGAAUCGUACGGUUACACCUGACGACCCGAAGGCCUUCUUUGCCGGCACGCCGUUCGAGAAUGCCGAUUGGAACAGUGUCAUUGGGAUGGAACAGUACUGGUUCCCAUCCUUGAGCGCUGCGGCUGCAUUCUGCAGUGAUGAAGCCAUCAAGAAAGCCAUCCUCACCCUGCCGAGCUCAUUCGACGGGGGGAGGACUAUUGUCCUUGCUGGCAAGGAGAACGUGGUUGUUCAGAAGGACAUCGAUUUUUGA